UGGGUUCAAAAGUUUAUAUGUAAUGUUGGGUUUAUAGAACUUUUUUGAGUAUUAUCGCCGGGUCACGAUUGGGUUUGACAACCACGGGUUAAAGAUAUUACAGAUUUUCAUCCGGUAUUGUGAGCACCGAACCGAAAGUGUUUUAGGAUAAGACAGUUGGGAUAAGAUAAGGAACUGUGUUUUUACACAAAAUGUAUUUGAUUAUGUUUUUUCAGUUUUAUCAAAAUAAAUAACUGUGUGAUGAAAAAAAAUUAUAAAACUUGCAUCUUAAUGGACUUAAAUGAUCAAUGUUACUCACAUUUAUCCAAUAUGGAACAAAAUGCCAUUAUAUUUUUAUUGUGUACAGCAAGGUAUAAUAUUUGGCUGGAACGGAAUGCUACCAUUGACGCAAUCCUCUGUCAUGGCAUGACGUAAACAAUUGCAGAAAUUCUCAAUACUGCAAUACUUCGAUAUAUUGCAAUAACACAAAUGGCCUAGGGGCCCAAGCCUAAUGUAGGUAUAUGAAUGCUUGAUGGUAUCGUAUAUCUUUGCAUGGUGCAACUUACGAAGCUGUAUACAACCCAAAUACUGAAAUAACAGUGGUGCAGAUAUAUGAAAAUUGAUUGGAUUAGGCAAAUACAAUGUCUUGGUUGUGGUCAGUGAUAUCUUUUGAAUCUUUGGGACUUGUUGCUGCAAUACUGGCUCUUAUCAGAUACUACAUACAUAGAAAAUGGCAGUUUCUCGCAAACCUCAAUAUACCCCAUGACAAACCUAGUAUACUGAAUAUUGGAAAUUUGGCAAGUGUCUUUUCAAAAGGAAUGUUUAAUAGAAAUUUAAAACAAAAAAAGAAAUAUGGACUGAUAUAUGGGGAAUAUGCCGGUGUUACACCUUUAAUCACGAUACAUGAUCUUGAAAUUAUACGACAGAUAUACACAAAAGAAUUCCAGAAUUUUCCUGAUAGAAUGAGUGUGUUGGUGACAAUGAACGGUAGAGAGAUGAAUCAAGGAGUUGUAUUCGCUAGAAAUAAGGAAUGGAAAAGAAUGCGCUCGACGUUAACUCCUUCAUUUACCGUGUCAAAGCUGAAACAGAUGUUCUCAAUUGUUGAAAAUUGUACAGGUCAAACUGUUGCAGUGUUAGAGGGAAAGUUAGAAAAUGAAAGCGGAGAAUUUGUUGCAAGAAAGUUAUUUUCAAAUUUAUCGCUGGAUAUGAUAGUUUCUGCUGCAUUGGGAACGAGAGCACAUAUUCAAUCUGUUGAUGGGAAAGAUUCCCAACUGGUAUUGGAAGUUCGAAAACUGUUCGCUACUGGAUUUGCUGGUCCUACUGCAUUCAUGUGUUUCAUCUGUCCACCAUUUGAAAGGAUUUGCAAUAAAUUAGACGUCAGUAUAUUCGAUUACAAAGCAUUACAAUAUAUCAGUAAUUUUACCAAUGUCGUCAUUGAAAGAAGAAAAAGGGGACAGGAAGAAGUUGCCAAAGAUUUACUUCAACUUAUGUUGGAUGCUGAAGUCGCGGAUGAUAAAAUAAAUGAAGAUUCAGAAAGAGGUUUAAACCGACAAGAGUUGAUUGGGAAUGCAAUGCUCAUGAUUGGAGCUGGGUUCGAGAAUACAGCAAAUACAAUGACUUUUCUUGCUUAUAAUCUUGCACUUCAUCAAGAUGUCCAAGAUAAACUUAGAAAAGAAAUGGAUGAAGCUUUUAAAGCAAAGGGAAGAUUCGACUAUGAAAGUGUCAAUAAUAUGAAAUAUCUCAGCAUGUGUUUGAAUGAAUCAAUGAGACUAUAUAUGCCAAUUGUAGUAAAUUCCAGAGUCUGCAGAAAGGAAACCACUGUGAAUGGUUUUACAAUUCCUAAAGGUGUAACAGUGCAAUUCCCUGUAUUUGGUCUUGCUCAUGAUCCAGAGUUUUGGGACAAACCAUGGGAGUUUAUACCUGACAGGUUCGAAUCUUGUGAGGGACAGUUAUAUGCAAGAAGGUUUGCUGGACUAUUUACUACUUUGUUAUAACUUGCAACACCAUCAAGUCUAUGCAUAAAAAACAAGUAUCUAAUUCACUAUUCUCAUAUAAGGACCAUACGGGUAAUCGGAUGAGAGUCUGUGUUUGCCAUAAUACAAUCAACUUUUCUGAAUGAUGAAUAUGGAAAUCCGAUGCUCCAGAAGUAUGUGCACCAAGAUGGCACACAACCUGAACCCUAACCUGGUAAACAUACUAUGUCCAGGUUAUGCGCCAUCUUGGUGCACAUACUUCUGGAGGUCCGAAAAUCCAAUGAUUGGUUUCCGAACAAAAUUAUUUUUUUGUCGUAUUUGUCUUGGAAGUUUUAUCCUUUAAAAAUCAUUAAGUUGAAUAAAAAGUGUCAUGGAAUUAUUGUAAUAGAUUUUAGAUCAAAUUAGUCUUCUAGUUCAUCACAAGCUAUGGUACUCAAUUUAAACUUAGAA